UUCCUGGGUACGAGAUAACAAGCUGCCACUAUGGCGGUGUCGAAUACUACAACAUCUUUGUCUCAGGUUUGUGGUCAAUUUUCAUUCAUAUUUUUUCUAUGUAUUUCAUUUUUAAUGUAGAAUUUGUACAUUUUAUCCCAAAUUAUUUAUAGCUGGUUCCGAUUCAUCGGUAUACAUGUAAAAGUUCGUAACUCCAAUUGAUGAAAUAUACAAAUUCUAUGAACUAAUGAUUAUUAAACUGCACUGUAUUCGGUAUAUUUUUCAUUCAUUGCCAUAUUUGCCAUACUUCGGAUUCCAGUUUUGAAUUCGUCCGAUCUAUUAUGAUAUAUCUUCAAAUGUGGGUUGAUGUCCUAAUCCCGAAAUAUAAAACUUAGCUGUAAUUAUGAAGCCAUAUAAAAUAAACCAAUUUUAAAAUUGGGUAAAUAUGCUCUUGUCAAUUGUGAUAUCUACAGUACUUGAAUUAUCAAUUAAGUCGCUUCAAAGUUAAUUUACUUUUACUUUUCUGUUGCCAGUUUACACCAUGACACAAAUUGCGAUAGAUCUAGUGAUGUUAUUGUUUUUUUAUUAAUAUUUAAAGGGACACAAAAAAUCCUGAAAUAAAUUUAUUUAUUGAAAUUUAGUAUAAAGUAUAAAUUUUAUAGAAUAGAGGCCUAUAUAAGGGCCUACAUAUACUACGAUGUGUACUAUUAGUCUUAGCGGGAUGUCUGUAAGCCUGGAUACCCAAGUUCUUGACUGGAAAGUUUGGAAAUUAUGCACCAGAGAUUUCAAGAAUUUACAGUAGUAUUAAAUAUAUAAAAGCACCACAAUUGCAUGCCCGAUAUCUCGGUUGUGCGAUACAAACUUUCCACACUGACCACAGCUGGCUCACUUUACUGAGAGGGAUGUCAUCUUUGUACUGUUUACAUAGAGCUACUGUACAGGUUGAGUGCUGUUAAAAUACAGUGUAAAUACAUUUUCUAACACAAUAAUUUUCACUUGAAAUUAAACUUUCUGGCCCAUGUCUGUAUAAACUUAUCCUAAAGCUAUACAUUGUGCUAUUUGCCUGGUGGCAGCAAUGCAAUGGUGGUGAAAUCGUUGCAUUGCUGUCACAAGAGGGAUUGCUCACUCUAAGACAACAAAAGCCUGCAAUUGUUGCUGCAAUUUAAAACCAUUUAAUUUUGCACAACGAUUUUAUACUGUAUGAGCUUUACAUUUGUUCCAAAAGCGUAAUAUAGGCUUAUCGAGGGAACUUAAUGUGAUUUUAUAUUGGGCAGUAAAUUCCAUAGUCUAAUAGAAGAAUGGUAGAAAUGAAUUUUUAUGCCAUUCAGUAUGUGAGCAAGGUAUAUACAAAGAUCUUCACUGGUGCAAUUAGGUUGCAGUCAAUCAGUCAAGGUUGCAUGAUGAUUCACACAUUUCAUGACCAGCCAAUAUCAAAAGCAUUAAAGCAUUAAUUUUAUAAAAGUUGCAUCCAUGCCAUAUUGUUGUAUUAGUCUCUCAUUGCCACAAAUAAUGCAGGUGUAGCCACCGCAAAUUUCGAAACCGUCGACGGUCGAGCACAUCAUUGAUGGUCGAACACAUCAUUAAUCUUGUUCCCAAAUCGCGCCAGCGGUAAUUAGCGCGUACAAACCAUUCGGUGACAUCUUGUACCAAGACGAUGUCAGUGACUGGAGAUUUCACGCAGUAUAAGGUUUCAGAUUUUUUGAAAAGAUAGCGGGUAGCAGUCGAAAAGCAAAGCAGCCAAUUCGGUUUACUGGUUACUGCUCUUCGCACAAUUGUUGCAGUAACUAUCUUCUAAAAUUUACUAGAUUAUCUUAACUUUGAAGUUUCUAAGUGUCUUCACUUGUGAAGUGAAAUAUAGAGAACCAUCUCAAAACUAGAUACAACAGAGUGACGUGGAAAAUGCCAACAUUAGCAACAAUAUUAUACAUGCAAUUUACAGUUAGCUUUAACAUAAUGUCUAUCUAUAAUAAUAACAUAUCUAUAAACCUUGCACUUUUGAUAAGUCCACGGCUAAUGCUAAAAUUGAAAUAUGAUAUAUGUCGAGUGGUUCAAGUAACAGUGAAAUGUUAGUUAUAGUAUUAGCUGUGCGGUUCCAUUUUUACUUGAACCACGUGCACUCAUAUGUAUAUUGAGCAAUAGAAAACAUAUCAAGCUUUCUUUAAUGCCCUGUCACAUUAUUGCGUAUGAGAGAAACGUGUGAGAAGCGUAUAUACCGGCGUAUAAGUGAUAUUUUUCAUGCGCUGGCAUACGCUAGUACGAUACGCAAUAGUGUGACAGGGCCUUUAGUGACAAAUCUUAACGUAUCGUGUUACUGGCGAGCACGUCUCCGAUUGUGCCAUUAUAUUUAAUUUGGCUUAAAAUUCGUUUCUUCGUUCUCGUGACUUCGUACGUUAAAAAUACGGUAGGUUACUUGAUGAAUAUAAAAAAUUGACGCACGGAACAUAUUAUAACGCUUUUUUGACCAAGUUACAGCAGUUGUUUAGCCGUUUACACAAUAUAAGCCAGUUUUAUCGGCCUUUAAACACAACUAACUUGGCCACACUUAAUGUGAAAAAUCUGUUUAUAACUAAUUUCUGAACUCUUUUGUAGAAUGAAUAAUAACCGAAUUGGCUGCUUUGCAUGCCAUCUUUUCAAAAAUCUGAAACCUUAUACUAUCAUACUGCGUAAAAUCUUUACUGGCAUCGAUUGGUUUAAGGUGUCACCAAAUGGUUCCACGCGCUAAUCACCUCAAAAGCAAUCUGGGAACGAGAUUAAUGAUGUGUUCGACCAUCAAUGAUGUGCUCGACCGUCGACGGUUUCGAAAUUUGCGUAGCCACCUGGUGUAAUAGCAAUGCAAUACUCUUCAAUUGUUGCAUUACCAUCAAAACAAAAACAUUUUUGCAUGACUUGGGUUAUUCUAGAAAACAUCAACUUCUGCCACUGGAAUAAGAUCUGGGGCAUUUUUCACAAUCCUCUAAAAGUAGAUUAAGACUGCACUAUAAUUAGACUACACUUACCUACAGUAUAUACUGCCUUAUGCAUGCUUUUUUUUAAGAAAUAGAAAAUGAGCAUGAUUGUGCAUUUAUGUUGUGAUAAUGCACAAGGGAGAUGUUGAGUGAAUAUGAGAGUAGAGAGGCAUAGUCGAGUGUUUUAUAUAAAUUCAGGAAUAAGAUCUUCAAGAAUAGUAUUAUUGUUAACAGUAUUAAAAUACACAUGAUCAGUUAUUUGACAUAUGAAUUUUCGUCCCCAAGAAAAACUCUUACUAAUGUAUUGGUUUGAAGGAUUCAGGUGGUAUAUUGUAUCUCAGGCAUAGUAUGUUGCCAUUGUGUGAUCAGAAAAAUUCCUCCAAUAGUCAGAUGAUGCUUGAAUACCUUUUCCACAUUUAUGUCAUGGUGUUAUUAUUGAUGCAGUUGAUAAUAAUAUAGUCAUAUCAGUCAUGUUUUAGGGACUGUUACUAUUUUUAGACUUUUAGGCUUAGGAUUAGGGAAAGGAUUAGGGUUAAGAUUAAGAUUAAGGUUAGGAUUAGAGUAAGGGUUAGGAUUAGGGUUAAGUUUAAAAUACAAAAAGAAUACAAAAUUACAAUUUAAGUUUAAAAUAGUAACUCUCCCUAAAACGUGACAGGUAUAAUAAUAUUUGGUGAUCACUGAUGGUCAUGUCAUAUGUAAGUUGGAUAAUAAUGCCAAAUUUUCUAUCCAAGCCAAGAGAGAAAACUCCAUUCCAAAUAGAGGUGAGACAGGGCAGCCCAACAGAUGUAAUUUAUUAUGAAGGGGACAAGUAUUUUUUUCUUUAUAAGGAAAUGUUAUACAAGUGAAACUACAAAAUCCCCUUGGAAAGAGCUUAUUUAAAAGCUAAUGAGUUAAAUAACAAAUUUAAGAUCUCAUCGUUGAAAAAUUGGACCAUUUUGGUUGAACCUAUGCCCAGCUGAAAAGGAGCAAACUGAACAAUUGCAUAACACUUUACAUUGCAUGGUAAAAAAACUUAUAGUAUAUGGAAAAUUGAGACAAUCCACAAUGUACACACUGUCUGUACACAGUUACAUUAUCACAGACUUUAAACAGUUUUUUGAUCAUUAAGUCCAUUGGAGCUUGACCAAUGGACUGGCGAAAUAUAUCAUUUUGCUCCAGUUUGUGAGUUUUCUCUGUUGCUGCAAUCCAUUUUUUGCAGCUUAUAUUUGUAAUUUUUUUCUUUAUAAAGACAUAAUAGACAAAUAAACAAAAAUCCAACUGAAAAAUGCUUUGAAGUAAUUAACUUUUGGGCAGACUGUAAAUUGUUGUACCGGUAAUGCUUAUUAGCAUCCCAAGUACAAUUUAACAAACAGCUUUGUAUUUUACCAUUGAUGAUAAUGAAUCAUAUUGUUCAUAUAUUUCAAACAUAAUCUGUAUGCAUAGUUAUGUAUUAUAAUAAAGUUUUACAACAUAUUUCUAUGCUCUUUUCAUUCCAGCUUUCAAGUGGCCAUUCAGCACUGUAUGACAAUUAUUGGAGACAGGUACUCUUGUGCAUUGAACAAAAUAGGAUUCUUUACUUUUUUAUUGCAACCAUAUUCAGUGGUGGCACCAGGGUAGUAAAAUUAGGGCAGGGGAUAGUCGACUGGUGAAGGGGGAGACAGGGAUCUGGGGGCAUUCACCAUUGCAACCCCUGGAAAAUUUUGAAAUGUAGAGUUCCAGAAAUGCGAGGUUAAAUACAAAACUCUGAAGAGUGUAAAGUACAUGCGACACAUGACAAAACCUAUGUAUAAGGUCUGGAAAUAUACAUUGAUGGACAGGUUCAUAAAACAAAUGUAAAGUAUAUACAGUAUUCAAGAACUGAAAGUCUUGUAUCCAGCAUUGAAAACUACAUUUAUUAAAAGUCAUAAUUAGAAGUGACAAGAGAAGCUGAUGAGUGAUGAGGUUUUGCAAGCUUAAAUAUUUCCACUAAUUUUAUUUCCACUGGUUUGUUGAGUUCUAUAUGGUUGGCUAGGUCUUGUUCACUGCCACAAACAUAUCCCCUCCCCGCCCACACACACUUUUCUCAUCAUAUUUGAAUGGGGGGACGUGUCCUACCCAGUCUUCCCCAUGGCACCACCACUGACCACUUUUUGUGGCAAAAAGAUCUGAGACAAAACGGUUGUGAAAAUAAAAUUCUGCACAUGUAUGCUUUGUGUAGGGAAAUUAGAAUAUAAGUACUUUGUAUAAUCUCAGAUUAUUUUAUUUUCAAGGAGAGAUUUCAGCUUGUUAAUAGAUUAAUGUUUAUCUGCUUGAAUAGAAAGGUUAAUGUAUGUAGUGUUUGUUACAGGCAGAUGUCACAGGGUCUGGUCAGCUUGGUGCAGAAGAUGCUGCCAGAUUCCUUAAAAGAUCAAGUUUAAGUGAUUCAGUGUUGCAUGAGGUAAGUAAACCAUUAGGGUGCACAUAUCUAACCAAGUACUGUAAUAGGCUGAAUACGAUUGUUAACCUUUUCAGUGUCUUGAAAAGCUAUACAGUAGUUGCACUAACCUAUUGAAUGCUACCAGCACUCUCCCCUUGACGAGUAAGAUGAGGAGGCAGAGUGAAAUACAGUAACGACGUAUUACAGGUGCAUUACGAUGCAAUGCAACUUGAUUGGUUAAUAGACUUUACUGUUUAUUGCACUUUGGCCCCCAUGUCCUCGUUUUCAUGUUAGCCUGUUUUAACAUUGCUAGCCCACAUGAAAGUUAUGUCCCCAUUCCUAUCCUUAAACCAAUUGUGCACAAAACAUGGGACAUGUAUGCAAUAAACAGUACAGUACUGUCUAUUAAAACAUAAGCAUGAUAAAACGUUAACUCUGUAUUGCAGAUUUGGAAAUUAGCCAAUCCACUAGGAAAGUCUCACUUGGACAAGCAGGUGUGAUAUUCACGUUUAUAUAUAGAGUGAAGAUACCCGGUAAGAAUUAACGUGCGUAACAAUUUUGCCAUGACAAAAGUACAGUGAUCAACAUAUAAAAAGAAGAUGACCAUGUUAGCCAGGUGACUACAGUGCGAAGCGAGGUUCCAUAUAAUUGUUUAUUCUGCAGUAUCUAGUAUUAGCUAUUUUUUAUAAAUCCUCAAGCAAGAGAUUGAUAGUCUACGUUACGGUGGCCCACAACUCUCACAUCAAUAACAAAUAGUUCACAGCAUUAACAAACAGUUCACAGCAUUAACAAACAGCUCACAUCAUUAACAAAUUGCUCACAUCAUUAACAAAUAGCUCACAGCAUUUAAAACAAAUUGCUCACAGCAUUAACAAAUUGCUCACAUCAACAUCAAAUAGCUCACAUCAACAACAAAUAGCUCACAUCAUCAAUAAAUAGUUCACAUCAACAACAAAUAGCUCACAUCAACAACAAAUAGCUCACAUCAACAACAAAUAGCUCACAUCAUCAACAAAUAGUUCACAUCAACAACAAAUAGCUCACAUCAACAACAAAUAGCUCACAUCAUCAACAAAUAGUUCACAUCAACAACAAAUAGCUCACAUCAACAACAAAUAGCUCACACCGUGGCGUUCGUACAGCGGUUUUAUUUUUAAUCAACUAUAUCGUUACAACAUGAAGUUCUUUACUCGGGCGCCCACGCCACUUUUCCACGCCGUCCAGUCAAAUUUUACUGGAAAAUUUAUCAAUUCACAGAUAACAUCAUAGCCGAUCGAAGCGGACACGCGAACUUGCGAACUUUAAUAUACGUAUAAAAGAAACGAUUUACAUAACGAAAGGCGGAAAUGUUUUGUCCUAAUUGUGGCAAGGAAGCAGAAAAUGGUUCAAAUUUUUGUGUGAAGGGUAAAAUAAAUAAAAUGUUCUGAAGUCGAUGUUCUGUUGUCAGAGGUCAUCACAGUGAAAUAUUUAAGAAAACGUGCAAUGCAAAUGAGGCUUAAUGGAACAUGCAAUGCAUGGCUCAUUAUUCUUCCUGCGAAAAUUGCUGUUUCCUGAUUGUUACACUGUAACUUAAUUAAGGAACUAAAUCAAAUGAUGCGUUGUCACGCACUCACAAAAUGUAGUAAUCACCGAAUAAACACUGACCAUAAGCCUGCUACUAAGUACAAAUCCUUAACGUCUAAUCCCUGACCCUACGCAUAAUAAUCCUGAAAUUCAACAUUGGCCACCAUCUUGGAUUUUACUGCGUACAAUCUCGUACGAGAUUGCAUGAAAAUCAUGAAAAUUCCGCAGGGAUUAAAAUAACUACAGUAUACAACUAUGUUAUGUUGUCAUUCUAGUCUCUACGCCUAUGAUGCUGGGCUUGCGCGCUAAAUACUUUGUUUUUUCCCGUCCAUUAAAUUUAACAUUAUUAAAAUGCCCCUAAUGCUUCAAACUUUUUUUUGCUAUAUCAAAUCUUGGCAUGAUUUCUAGUAUUUCAAUGCAAAAUUUUAAAUUUGGGCAAAUCCUUCGACUUUUACGGCGCUUUGAAUUCAGCUUUAGAUGGUCCGGCGCCAAAGGUCCGACGCCGUCGUAUUUUGUAAAGACAAAGAGCAUGGGUCUAGCGCGUUUUCAUUCCAAUCCAAUCUCGUUCCCCGAGCAUGCUCUGCAAACGGGCGUGUUCGACUGCUAGUGUAACGAGAUUGACGUCAUCCAGGGUAGUCGGCAUUUAUAAUUUCAAAUUCCCGAAUUCCACCAUUUUUGCUUUGCUUUACUUGUCUUCGAUCGACGUUUUAAAGAUUACCCUGAUUUUCCUCGCCAUCAUGUCUAACUAUGAAACAGUUUCGGAAGACAGUUAUCAAUGGCGGAAAUCUUGGUGGGGGGAGGGGGCGGCUGCACCCCCACCUUCACGGAAAAUUGACGAAUUUUCGGAAAUUUUGACAUAAAAGAGGGCUAAAAACAGUCUUUUCGAGUGCAGAUGGGGGGGGGGGUUGUCGUGAAUUUCCGCCACUGCAGUUAUCAAUAUUAUUUAAUCCCCUGGGGCCGGUUGUUCAAAGUUGGAUUAGCACUAACCAUGGGUUAAAAUUUAACCUGCUGUUUUAGUUUAUGUAUUUAUACACAUCUGUUUAUUUCAAAACUUCAGAUCCAGAUCGAUAUAGAUAUUUCUCUUAAGAAAUAUUUCCAAAUUUAUAGACAAGCUGUCAGGAAGUUGCUAACCCAGCUUUCAACAACUGGCUGGGACCAUAGUAUAUAAAAUUAAAUUAUUAUAAACAAAUUAUUCCGAAAUACCUUCACCACAUUGAGCACAAAAAUUGUCCAAGUUCCCGAUAUCGUUGCCACACCUCAUACAGGACAUUUUAAUUUAAUUCGAGAAGAAUUUAUAUUAUUUAUACUUUUAUAACCUGAAACUGUUGAUUCGAUCUGUUUUUAAUAAUGGCUGCUUCGUGACUUUCAUUUCUGUUUCAUGACUUUUCACAAAUGUAUAGUGGGAAGCCGCUGUCCUUAAUGUUUGGUUUUAGCGCUAUUUUAUUGUUGAUAUGAGCUAUUAUAUUUGUUGUUGAUGUGAGCUAUUUGAUGUUGAUGUGAGCUAUUUGUUGUUGAUGUGAGCUAUUUGAUGUUGAUGUGAGCUAUUUGUUGUUGAUGUGAGCAAUUUGUUAAUGCUGUGAGCUGUUUUGUUAAUGCUGUGAAUUGUUUGUUAAUGCUGUGAGCUGUUUGUUAAUGCUGUGAACUAUUUGUUAUUGAUGUGAGAGUUGUGGGCCACCGUACUACGUCAAUUACGGCAGCAUUACUGUAAAUUACCGAUAUAAUACAAUGUCAUGUAUUUAACAGCCUCGUUCUUUAAUAAAUGCCCUUUGCUUUUCCAAGACAUUUUAAUUAAUCAAUUGGACUAUCCCAGGACAAAAAUAAAUGCGCCCUCUUUUAUAUUUUACUCUUCAGGAUAAUGACAUAAGAUUUUACUUACUAUGAUCUUGCACUGUAGGGGUUUUAUGUUGCAUUGAGAUUGAUAGCAAAUGCUCAAAACGGUAAAGAAGUCAGUCUACUUCACAUCGCCUCGCCUGGUCCUGCUCCAAAUUUGGUAGGUAUUAAAGUAUUGAACGAUGAACAGUCGCUAAUCGACCAUUAGAGAAGUUCCCAUUUCACUACCACUCACUGGCUAACGCAUUAGCCAGUAGAUUAAACGCAUCUGCAUGAUUGGCUAAUGGUAGUAGAAAGUCAAGAUCUGAACAUCUGUAAUGUUAAUGCAUGUGAUAGGUUACAAUCUGAUCUUAGAUUCUGCACUUCACUUGGUGGAAUUAAUAUUAGAAUGUUAGGGUUUGGAAUCCAAGUGAGAAUAUAUACAUUUUAAGACCUAACCAGGAACGACUGCGAAAAAUGCAGCACAAGGUCCUCUGGUAGGAAUUGAACCUACGGCCCUGCGAUUCCGGUGCAGCGCUCUAACCAACUGAGCUACAGAGGCCAGCUGUUAAGCUGUAUAUAUUAAAUACAGCUUAACAUGUAUAUAUUCUCCUUAAAAUGUAUAUAUUCUCACUUGGAUUCCAAACCCUAGUUCAAUUCCUACCAGAGGACCUUGUGCUGCAUUUUUCGCAGUCGUUUCUGGUUAGGUCUUAAAAUGUAUAUAUUCUCACUUGGAUUCCAAACCCUAACAUUCUAAUAUUAAUUCCACCAAGUGAAGUGCAGAAUCUAAGUUAUGAAGUCCACCUUAUCACAACCCGCACACCCGAUUACCUAUAUAUACAUGAACUUACGGUUACAGCUUAACAGCUGGCCUCUGUAGCUCAGUUGGUUAGAGCGCUGCACCGGAAUCGCAGGGCCGUAGGUUCAAUUCCUACCAGAGGACCUUGUGCUGCAUUUUUCGCAGUCGUUCCUGGUUAGGUCUUAAAAUGUAUAUAUUCUCACUUGGAUUCCAAACCCUAACAUUCUAAUGCAAUCUGAUCAGUCACUCAUGUAGUGACAUAUACUAACUGCCGAGUGAUAAAUUAGAUUAAAUAAUGAACAAAUGAUUGUUAUGAAAGUAUUUAUGUUUAUUAUAAUACUUGGUUGCAUAUAUUUUCUGCUAAUUUAAGCUUUUGUUGACCUAAUGUAUGUAGCCUAAUGUGGAAGAAAACGUUGACCUCUGCCUUGUACUUUGUGUAAAGAUUUUGACCGAGCGUACAUAGGUUCGUGAAGCCCUAGUGAUCCCCAAUUGUUCCCUACUUUAGAAAUAAUUUUCAUUUAAAGCUCGGUCAAAAACAGUGAAUUCGUUUUAGAAACAUUUAAAGACAGAGAUCCGAGUUUUUUUGCGAAAGAGUACUCUGCGGAGGUGACCUGGUGUAGGAACAAUUCUUGAAUACACACUACAGUAUUUUUCGUCAAAAAUUGGAAAUCAAUUAUUUAAAUGGUUUGAAGACAUCUGACUCAAUUUAGACUUUGACGAAUAACUUAUUUCCAUAUGUACGUAUUUAAAUAUGCUGAGAAAUUAAAAGUACAAAUAAAGUGAAUCUUGAAUGUUAUUUUGUAGGGUGAAAUGAAAAUAUCUUCCGCUGUGCCACCAUUGGCUGGCGAUAGCAUGGGAUGGUUAAUUCAGGUUAGCCCUAUAUACAGUUAAUCCCCAUACAGACCAACAUGUUUUCCUUUACAAGUUUCCUUCACAAGUUUACCUUCUCGUGUGUAUACCACAGAUUUUCCUUCACAAGUUUUGUUGCUCGUGUGCACGGGAUGCUGUUAAACAUUUAUCUUGCGCAAGGCUGCAAAUAAAUAUUUGACUUGAC